GUGAUUGUUGUGAUAAAUGUAUAGAAUAAAACAUUGUUGGAAUAAAAUAAGAAGAAGAGUAUAAACGAAGGGAGAGUGGUUGGGGGUGGCCAUGUGGACUUGGAGGAAGGAGUGGUGGGGCGGGGUGGAGCAUGGAAUGGGAAAAGAGGGAAGGACCAUCAAAGGCGGCUCUUUUGCCAUGGGCGGCGGCGGGCGGUGGAUCCCCGGAAUCGUUCCCAUGUCCAGCGUCGGCGGCGGUGGUGGCCGAGGACGAGGCCGGAGGGGGCGCCUGGCGCUGGCCCUGAUCUGCUUCUCUCCGGUCCUUCUCCCCCUGAUUUGCCUCUCCCUUCCCCUCCUCUGCAUCGCCGCCUUCUGCCUCCGGCUCCAGCGGCGGAGCAAGAGCCCGUCCGGCCACCGGGAGGAUAGCUGCGGCGGGUUCCCAGUGCAGCGCAAGGAAGGGGAGGCGGCGAUCGAGGAUCGGCUGCUGCACCGGUACCUGGAGGACCAGUUGGGGCUCGUCGGCGCCAUGCGGGACUACGACGACGACGGCGACGUCUGCUAGAGAGAUCGCCGGCGGAGAAAUUGGAUUUUUUUUAUAAAAAAAAAUUGUCAGCUUGGUUGGACGGUUCAAAUUUAUACGGAAAUUUUGAUCUUUUUUAGGUCCGAAUUUCUCUCUAUCUCGCUCCGUGGAUUGGAUUCUUGUCUGGUAAUUAAUAUAUUGGAAAGGAAGGGGGAGGAAGAAGGACAAGAAUUAUGCUAAUGGGAAGGAGAAUAGGACGGGAAUUAGUCGCCCGAAUUAUUCGAGCACCGGGGCGUCGAUUCGUCCUGUAUUAUUAUUUUUUUUUUAUUAUCACCGUAUAUGUGAGAAUCUUCAAAAGAAAUUAAAACAACUGCACUUUGUGUUUUAUGGCA